GGACCAGACCCCCAGGUGCCCUCACCACGAUGCUGGGGGACUGGGUGGCCCACAGCCCAGCGGAGCAAGGGCCAGACACGUGGGGGCCGCAGCCCCACAUGAGAGCCCAUCUGGACAGCUUUUCCUGCCUGGCCCCGAGCAGAGACAAGUCACCCUGUGGUGCAGAGAUUGGAAAGGAAACGGGAAGCUGCUGCUGGACAAGAGAUUAGCCUGGAGGCUGUGAUGUCAGCCGGCGCCCCAAUGGAUGGGGGGGCAGGGCGAGCGUGGCGUGAGCCCCUUGUCCUGCCCACACACAACUCAGCAGCCUGCUCCAGUGCCCCCAGUGUCAAAUGUGCCCCGGCUGGGGAGGGUAUGAUUCCAUCCCCGGGAUCCCACGCUUGCAUCUCCUGAGCUCAUGGUUAGGUCUUGGGCAGCUCUCACCCCCACCACCCACUGCAGGACCCUGAGCCCAGCAGGGAGCCCCCCCAGCAGCCCGUCUUAUCUCAUGGACUGGCCUUCAGCAGGGCUCUUGCCUGCAGAGGUCUAGCAGGUUUCCAAGCCCAACAGCCUCCAGCUUCCCCCUCCCCACUCCUCCACAAAGCCCUCCAGGGGCUCAGCUUUCUGCCAUGCCCUGGCAAACCCUCCAGGCUCAGUCGCAACUGCACAUUUCCAGCUGUCCAAUGUGACAUUUGCCCUCUAGGUACGAGUCCUGAGUGUCCCUCACCCUGUCCUGCUUCCAAGAGAUGCUCCCACCAUCACCACACACAUUCCCCAGCACAAUCCAGUGUGGGUAGGGCUGAAGGUAGAGCAAAGGGUGCCCCAGGGUGCAGAAAAGGCUGAUGGCUAGGGAUGGAUGGAUGGAUGAAUGGAUGAAGAAGGGAGGGAGGAAGGGAGGGGGGAGUGAGGAAGGGAGGGGGGAAGGAAGAAUGGGUGCAUGGAGGAAGGGAAGGAAAAAUGAAUGGAGGGAUGGAGGGAAGAAUGGAUGGGUAGAUGGAUGGAUGAAUAGAUGGAUGCGCAGCUGGGCACAUGGACCUUGAAAGACAGUGUCAGCAUGGGUGCUGCCUGGAAAGGGGAAGGACUGCACAGGCCAAUGUGCUGGAAUGAUCCAACCUUCACUUUGAUCUUCGCUUCCUCCAACCAUUGCCAGCAUCUGCAUGAAGCCCAAUCCCCCAGCCCGAGGCAUGUUUUCUGAUCUUGCCCAUCUGCCUCCUCCAGGGACCAGGCAAGACCUUCCUGCUGUGCAAACCCAUAGAUACAGAAGGGGUCUCUGUCUUGGCCCAAGGAGGCUAGCAUCUAAAUAUAGAUUGCAUCAGCAGGUUGGCAGACACCAAAUUGAUCAAGCAGAGGCUUUGAAACCUGCGCUAUAGAAAGGAAGCCCUCAGGAAAUAACCUGGCCACAGCACACACGUCAUGGCAGCCAGUGCCCUGCCGGUGCCCCAGCACUCUGCUGUGCCCUGCUCCCCUCCAACACAGCCCCAUGCCAACUGUUUGGCUCCAGGGUGGUCCCAUGGCUAGGGGAUGCCCUGGCUUGAGCUGUCCUCCUGGCUGGGUUCUUUGAAGGGGCAGUCCCCAUUGGGAACUGGGUGCUGGGGCUCACCAGAGGUGCUUGAGCAGGGGUUCCCCCCUGCCAGGGCAACCAAGCCCCAAUCCUGGCACUUAGGUGACUGUGGAGGGAGAAAGGAGCAGGGGAGAAGGUUUUCUGUACCAAACUGGCCUGUCAGCAACCACCAGGAUGUGGGUUGUGGUGGCUGGGCCCUGCUAUUGGUCACGCUGGGCCACCAGAUGGGACUGAGACUUGCAACUCUGGGGGUGUCCAGUCCACCCUCAGACAAUGUUUCCCUCCCCAGCAGUGCAUCUCUGCCCUCCCAGCAUGCAGAGAGGAGCACCGCUCCCAGCAACAGGUUAUGAGGGGUCUUUAGAGAUGUUGCAGGGUGCCAAACAGCAGCGAGCCAGGAUCUGGCCCCAUGCAGGAGUGUUCUUCACUGGUGCUAAGGCCUCCAGCAUGGCAGGAUGGAAACGAUGGCACACUGGCUGCCACCAGCACUACUGGCACCCUUUGCUCUGCCCCUCCAGCCUCACACCGCAGACCUCAGCAACCUUCCCAUGAGCAGCAGUGCUUAUAUUUAGCCAAACAGCUUCCUCUAAGAGGCAGAGACGGGAGCCCAGUGGGAUGGCAUGGUCUACGGUACAGGGCCAGAGGGUCCCUGCACACCCUAAGGGUCCCUGUGUACCCUGUCUCCACAUCCCAUCCACAGGGUGGUCCAUGGGGCCACCCAUGCUGUCCCCAGCCCCAGAGAGGCAUCACCCACCGUCAGAGCAGUUGGCAUGGAAGGGGGAGGAAGGCAAAAGCCAUGCCAGGCUCGUGCUGAUUUCUGCUUCUGCUUUGUAGGAGCAAGCCUGUGAUAAGUAGAAACUGCCUUUCCACACCUAGCUGCAGGCACAGAGACUUGUAUGGAGUGACCCUCCCACACCAGGGGCUCCCGCAGCUCCCAGCCCCCUGCCAUGGCUUUUGGGAGCAUCAUUGGGGCAGGGAAGGACCAGGCUCAGUAGGAGCAAGGGGGUCCCUAGGAAACUGGACCCUCACAGGGCAGGGAACGGUUAUCGGCUUUGCCAUCAGGAAUGGAGAAGGGCUAAAGGGUGUUGUGAGAUAUCAGCCUCAGACAUCCCCUAUGUGCAAGGUUGGGUAACAGCGGAGCCGGACUAACUGCCAGCCGCACUGGGUCUCUUGCAAAAAGUGUUGCGUUAAAGGCAGCUGCGUUGGCCGGUGGUGAAAGCACAGGCUCCCUGCAGAAGAGACCCCCCCCUGAUGUCCCCCUGCCACCCCAGUUCGCACUGCCAUCCUGCCCCUCGGGUCACUCCACAUCCCCCUCAUCAUGGGGCACCGGCAGUGGGAUGGGGUGCUGCAUCCCCAGCAUCCCUGCAACACUGGGGGGGGGGUUGUGUUGCCAACAUUCCCCUCAUCAGCAUGAACUUUUUAGCCUGUUUUCUCCAAUUUGGCAGCACCUUCCCAGCACCUGCACCCUGCACAGUCCCAGGAUAUUAUGGAUAUAGUGAAUAUCCCCUCUUGCCUGCGGCCAGAGGCAGAAACAGCAGCUAAAGCCAAAUGCAUCCUCAAACUUCAAAGAUCUCCCUCGGCAGUGCAGCCUCAGGGUGUGGAUGUCAGGGAAGCCUGGUGCCCCCAUGGCAAUGCAUGAAUGAGGGCUCAUGGUGGGGAGCAGGACCCUUGCUGGGGAGGCGAGAGAAGGAGCAUGAGGGGGUGAGCAGGGAGGGUGAGAGGCAGCCCCUGAAGGAGGGCAGAGCCUGGCCAAGGGGCAGAACACAGAGCAGCCAGGCCAGGGGCCAAGCGUGGGGCAGGGUCAUGCCUGGGAAGGAGCAGGAUGGGAGGGUGGAACAGGCAUGGGGACCAGAGGGUUGGCCAGGAGGAGGGACCGGCAGUGGGAGGCGUGGGCUGGGUGCUGCGAAGCCUGCCUGUACCCGCAGCAGUUCCUGCAGGGCUGCCUGCCCGUGCCUGCAGGCUAAGUCCUGUGCCCGGCGGGGACACCUUGGCAUCACCCUGGAGCCCAGAGCGGGGCGGCCGUGGAGCCCGCAGCGUCACUGCCACCGUACUGCUCUGCCAGAGCCGGCCCUGGGGGGCUGUGGACCACGCUGCAGGGCAAGAGCCCCACAGGCGGCAGAGCCCAGGAUGCCCCAGCAGCCGGCAUCUGCUGGACCACCCGCUCCCCUGCGAGCCCCCGGCCACUCGGUUCCUGUCUGAGCUCGGGUCACAGCCUUGCCGACAAAGCGGGGCCAGGAUCCGGCAGCUCCGGGGAGGGGCGGAGAGGCUUGGAGCUGAGGAACAACAGGAUGCCGGCUUCUUGAGCUGGGAGAUGAUGGGCUGAGCAUCCGUCGCAGAGGCACCCCAGGGCCAUGAGCUCUUUGUGCGGUCCUGACUCUGAUAUUGCAGACUGGCUGGCCACCAUCCACUUGGAGAGGUACCGGGAUGUCUUCAAGCAGCAUGGGUACCAUGUGGCCAGAGAUGCCGCCUUGCUGGAUGGCAACCACCUGCAGCAGAUCGGCAUCACCGCCACCGGGCAUCGCAAAAGGAUCCUGAACUUGGCGCAGCAGACACGGAUGCUCAGUCAAUUCCAGGGGGGACCCGCAGCAGGAGACGCCCAUUUCCGAGCCACCGAGGUCCUGGAUGCCCCCCAGGCAGGCAAGGAUGCCAUGAAAGCAGAGCUGGGAGGGGCUACUGAUGCCUUUGGGACGCAACAGCACAUUGCUGCAUCCGCCCAGGCAUCGCCUCUAGAGGAGGACCCUGCUUCUCCCCUCCUGAAGCCAGUUCCCAAGCCGAGGACAGUUUUCCCUCGCUCAAAGCCAGAGCAGGGCUUACUGCCCGUGCCACCAGCACGUGCCACGGUGCCGGCACACAGCCCAGGUAGCGACAGGGAGCCUGCUGCCUUUGUGGUACUGGAGGGCUUUGUGCCAGGGGAGAGCUCCACGGAUUUGGAGAGCCCGGAGCCCAGACCAGCAUUGCCGGCUGGCCCAGGGGCUGCCGUGGCCAUGGGCAUGGGAGCAUCCCGGCUGCGAGCGCGGGAGAGCGCUCGGGAGGAGACACGGCUCCCCCCAGCUCCGGAUCAUGGACAAACCCUGGAGGCAUCGGAGAAAUCCCCCCCGUCUGCCCCAUCUGUCCCACCACGGCACAGCCACAGGGUUCCGGCAGCUAAGCCCAGCCCGGGCAGCGUGCCAGAGGGUCACCCCGUGUCCAGCCCUCCCCUGCCUGCUGCAGCUGCCCCAACCAGGAGAGAUCCCUCACCGUGCCCCAGGGCAGCCUCGCAGCCGGGCUCAGGGCAGGGCAGGCUGGAGAUGGUGUCCAAUGUCAUCUAUGAAGGACUCGAGCCCCCGUCAGCACCCACUGAGGACUCAGGAGGGGCGGAUGGCUCCCAGGGUCAGGGUGUCGCUCAGCCCCCGGUUCUGUCCCUGCAAGAGCUGACCCAGCCGGAUGACAAGCCUGACAGUCCCGGCUGGCCUGGUGGGGGCCUGCCCCCCAUCCCGCAGAGACCCACCGGCAAGGCAGAGGUCGGCGAGCAGCCCAUCAGCCCCUACAGCGAGACCAUCUUUGGGCACGUAGCCCCAUCCCGGGAGCAGAAGGGUGUUGGCAUCUCCUCCGAUCAGAACUACGAGGCAGUGUCUGAGCUGGACCUGGAGCGAGAAGCAUGCAGGACAAGCAGCGAGUGCAGCAGCGAGGGAAGAAGCGAGGACGAGGAGACCCGGUCCCGGCUCAUCGACCGCAUCGUUCAGAAUGACACAGAGGGGUACUCUACCGUGGAGGCACCACGGGCUGAGGGCACAUCGUUCAGCCUGCCAGCCCAUCUCUACCCGGAUGAGGUCCUGGACGACCUCACCAUCUCCCCUUAUGCCAGCUUCACAUCGCUCUCUGAGCCCCGACCCACCAUGCUCAGUGGCUGGCUGGACAAGCUCUCCCCACAAGGGAACUAUGUCUUCCAGAGGCGCUACGUCCGUUUCGACGGGAAGAACCUGAUGUACUUCAGCAGUGAGAAAGAGCCCUACCCCAAGGGGGUGAUCCCGCUGUCCGUGAUUGAGAUGGCUCGCUCCACCAAGGACAACAAGUUCCAGGUCUUCACCAGCCACCGGAUCUUUGUCUUCCGUGCCGAGAACGAGGCCCAGAGGAAUGAGUGGUGCUCCACGCUGCAGAAGAAGGUGACGGACCAACGCCUGGUGGGGUCCCGGCCCCGGCCCACCAACACUGCUCACUGCCAGAAGUCAGGCAUCCUGGAGCUGAAGGGCCAGAAGUCGAAGGUGUUCGCAGCCCUGAGCCUGCCUGAGAUGUGGCUGUACAAGAGCGAGCAGUUCUUUAAAAUGGGCAUUGGCAUCUGCUUGAUUGAGAUGCGCGGCUCCACCAUCCGCGAAGCCAAGAACCGCAGCUUCGAGCUCAUCACCCCCUUCAAAAUAUUCAGCUUUGUGGCGGAGUCGGAGCGGGAGAAGCGGGAGUGGAUGGAGGCCCUGCAGGAGGCCAUAGCUGAGAUGCUCUAUGACUACGAGGUGGCAGAGAAGAUCUGGUCCAACAAAGCCAACAAAUACUGUGCAGACUGCUGGGCUCAAAGUCCUGACUGGGCAUCCAUCAACCUGUGCGUGGUCAUCUGCAAGCAGUGUGCAGGGCAGCAUCGCAGCCUGGGCUCCAACAUUUCAAAGGUGCAAAGUCUGAAGCUUGACACCAGCGUCUGGUCCAAUGAAAUUGUGCAGCUCUUCAUUGUGCUGGGAAAUGAUCGAGCCAACCGGUUUUGGGCGGCUCACCUCCCUACCGCUGAAGCUCUCUACCCAGAUGCCAGCGCCGAGCAGAGACGGGACUUCAUCUCCCGCAAGUACCGAGAGGGACGGUACCGCCUGCCCCAUCCCCAUUACGCCACUCAGGAGGACGUGCUCCAGGCACUGUGCACUGCGGUGGCAGGACCAGCCCUGCUCAAGACCAUCCUGCAGUUCUUCUCAUCCUCGGAGGCUGGGCUGAUGGCUGACCCUGCCGCCUGCGAGGUGGCCCCAGGGGCCGACCCUUGGUGGCGACCAGAAAGCAAAAGGCCCAGGAACCAUUCAGGGAGCGCCCGCACACAGGAACUGGGACCGGAGGGCGUCUACAAUGAGAUCACGCAGCCGGUGACACACAGCGGGUAUCUGUACCGGGCCACAGCCCCCCACAAGCUCCCAGGUGCCAAGAAGAGCAAAGAAGACUUCCAGCGCACAUGGUGCUCCCUGGAGAGAGCCCUGCUCUUCUUCGACUCAGAGAAAUGCACUGAGCCCCUGGGCCACAUUGAGAGCACAGACCUCAUCUCCCUGGGUGUGAGCAGAGCCCAGGCACUCACCAGCCCUGGCCCCACCGAAAGGUUUCGCUUCACCCUUGAGCUCUUCCUCGCUGGGGAAAAAGUGCACCAGCUGGGAACUGACGGGCCUGAGACGCUGCAAGCCUGGGCCAGUGCUAUUGGCAAGUGGUUCACGCCCGUGAGCUGUCACUGCCUGCUGGGCUACGAGUUCCAGCGUGUGGGCCAGCUGCGCUACAAGUGCAUGCUCAACCCCGAGCGGUGGCAGCAGGCCUUCUUCAUCCUGCAGAAAGCCCACCUCUUCAUCUGCCCCACCGAGGAUGACGGGGCUGAGGACAGCAUCAACCUCCGGCGGCUGCAGGAGCUCAGUGUGGUUCCCCCCAUGGACACCCCAGAGAAGAAGGAGCUACUGAUCCUGGUGGAGAUGGGGAGGACAUUUUACCUCCAGGGCUUGUCACGGGCGGACUCGGCGGCAUGGUACACCGACAUCCAGGCAUCGGCAGGGGGCCGGGGUAACGCGCUGCGGGACCAGCAGCUGAGCCGGGGGGACAUCCCCAUCAUUGUGGACAGCUGCAUCGCCUUCAUCACGCAGUAUGGGUUGCGGCAUGAGGGGAUUUACCGCAAGAACGGAGCCAAGUCCCGGAUCAAGGUACUGAUGGAGGAGUUUCGGCGGGACGCCCGCAAUGUCAAGCUGCGCAUCAACGACAAUUUCAUCGAGGACGUCACCGAUGUGCUGAAGAGGUUCUUCCGUGAGCUGGAAGACCCUGUCUUCACCCUGGAGCUGCACCCACAGUGGAAGGAGGCUGCAGAAAUCUCCUCAAAACCCCAGCGCCUGGAGCGGUACAAGGACCUCAUUCAUCGCCUGCCUCGCCUCAACCACAAGACCCUGGCUGCACUCAUCGGGCAUCUCUACCGGGUGCAGAAAUGUGCGGACCUCAACCAGAUGAGCACCAAAAACCUGUCACUGCUCUUUGCACCCAGCCUCUUCCAGACUGAUGGCAAAGGGGAGCACGAGGUCAAGGUGAUGGAAGACCUCAUUGACAACUAUGUCAGCAUCUUCAACAUUGACGAGGACCAGGUAUCCCAGAUGGAUCUGGAGAACAGUCUGAUCACUACCUGGAAGGACACCCAGCUCUCCCAGGCAGGGGACCUCAUCAUCGAGGUUUACCUGGAGCAGAAGCUGCCCGACUGCUGUGUCACCCUGAAGGUGUCCCCCACAAUGACAGCAGAGGAGCUCACUAACCAGGUGCUGGAGAUGCGCAACGUGGCGGCCAGCCUGGACAUCUGGCUGACCUUUGAGGCCCUGGAGAAUGGGGAGCUGGAGCGGCCCCUGCACCCCAAGGAGAAGGUGCUGGAGCAAGCUUUGCAGUGGUGCAAGCUCCCAGAGCCCAGCGCUGCAUACCUGCUGGUGAGGAAGGUCCCCAUUGGCGAGGGGAGUUGUCUCUUUACAGGCGUCAAGCGUGAGACCCCCAAGUGUGGGCUGCUGAAAUGCCGUGAGGAGCCCCCCAAGCUGCUGGGGAACAAGUUUCAGGAGCGCUACUUCGUCAUCCGGGACCGGAGGCUGCUGCUGCUCAAGGAGAAGAGGAGUGCCAAGCCAGAGCGGGAGUGGCCCCUGGAUGCAGCCAAGGUUUACAUGGGCAUUAGGAAGAAGCUGAAGCCACCAGCCCAGUGGGGUUUCACACUGACCCUGGACAAGCAGCAGCUGUACCUGGUGUGCUCAGGACAGGCUGAACUGUGGGACUGGACCACCAGCAUCCUCAAGGCUCAGCACGACGACCUGCGCCCCGUGAUCAUGCGCCGGCGCUCCUCCUCAGACCUCGCCAAGCAGAAGUUCGGCACCAUGCCGCUGGUGCCCCUGCACGGGGACAGCACCGACACCACCAUGCUCUCCGCCAACCAGACCCUGCGCCGCCUGCACACGCGAAGGACUUUGUCCAUGUUCUUUCCCAUGAAGAUGCACCAGGACUCCCUGGAGGAGCAGCAGGAGAAGGAGGUGGACGCCGAUCCUGUCUAUGAGGAGGUGGGCAACUUCCCUGAACUGGCCACGCUGGAGCUGGGGCAGGGGCUGCUGGCAGACCUGUCGGCCGUGCCCCCUGUGGACAGGUCCAAGAAGCCAGCUCCGUUCCCUGAGCAGCCCCCAGCCACGGCGCUGCGCUCCUCGUUGCCCGCCAGCCCAGCCCAAAGGGUGGCGGGUCCCCCCGUCACCAAAGCCCUGUCCCUUGAAAGGGGUUUGAACCUGGAGAGCGACAAAGCUCCAGCCCAGGGGCUCAGACCCACCAAAACGGCCUCUCUGGAGAGGAACAUGGAGCCUUCCCUGGCACUGGCUGGGGACUGGGAGCAGGCAAUCACACCAGGGAGCAGUCCCAGUGUGGAGACUUCCCUGGAGAUCCCCAAGAAGAGGAACAUGCAGUCUCCCUCACCUAUCAACAACAAACUCAUCCAGGAGCUCAGCAGCGUCAUCCUCAGGAAGAACGAGGGCCAGCCACCGGAGCCAGGCCAGCCAGUGACGUGACCUGCCAUGCCGAAGGGGUGGCCACCAACCUGGGGGUCAAGUCGUGCCCAGCGGCAGUGACAAUGGAUACCCCACGCUCCCACAUCAUGGAGUCCACACCUUCCUCCUCCUCCUGACCCUGGAGGUGGGCUGGAAGCAGGGACUGGUGAGGACCAGGGGACUAGUGGGGACCAGGAUGCUGAUCUGUGGUACUCCCUCUUGGGAGGGCUGGGGAUGUUGCCACAUGUGCUCUUGCUCAUGGGUGGCACGUCUGUCAUCGGGCCCAGCGCCGAGGGAAGCAAGUAACAGGGAAAAUAAAAGCAGAAAUAUGGUGCCUGCACAUUUCGGCAGCAUGGCACGGUGUCAGGCAGGGGGGCAUGCAGUGCCUGCCAGCAUGGGGGAACACAGCAUGAUGUCCCCUCCGCAGCACUGGGUCCGUGGGGCAGGGUCAGGACUCCCAAGCCAUCCCCCAUUUCCCUUCUUGCAUCUACCGUGGCAUAUUUUGGGUGGGGGUCAACAGAAGCAGGGCUGGCCGUGUGUGCCCAGCACGUAGUCCUGGCGAUGGAGGACAGCUCCUGCUCAGCUGGGGUAUUUAUACCUGUUCCUUCCACCAGCAGGGAGAAAUAAAGGUUUAUUUGUACUCUG